AUGCAGGGGAACCCUGCCUUCCUGGCGAUCCUCCUGGGCACGAUAUUCGGAUCACUGGGAGCCUCACUCAGCAAGGCGUUGAGGUACAAGGCCCCCGAUGAGUGCAAAUGGGUCGCCACCGGAGACGCCGAGGACGACGUGUCUCUGGUCUGCAGACUCAGGACCAUCAACAGCGAGCUGGAGAACACCAACUUCAGCGUCAUCCAGCCCCAACACACGGUCAGAUUGAGGCUAGAGUGCAGCGACGCGCUUUUCUACCAGAGUUCGCUGAGUGCAGGAAGCUUCCGGCCCUUGGUGGAGCUCAGAGAGCUGGUGAUCGAGUACUGCAAGAUAGGCAAUUUGUCUGACGAUGCCUUCCGAGGGCUAAAAGAGCUCAGGAAUCUCACCGUCAGGACCCACAAUACUGACUGGUCAGCUAUGGCGCUGGAUGUCUCACAGCGGGCCUUCACGGAGGAAUUAUCGAAGUUGGAGAGGCUUGAUUUGGGGGAAAACAACAUGUGGAGUCUGCCCGAGGGCAGCUUGUGUUCACUGAGCAGCCUGGAGGUCCUGAAUCUGACCAGGAACCGCUUGAGGGAGGUUGCAAGCUUCCAUUUUAACAACGUCGCUGGAAGAUGCGCUGGGAAUCUUCGAGAGCUGGAUUUGAGCAACAACAGCAUUGAAAAUCUGCCAACUGCUGCGUUUUCGGGGUUGACCAGGUUGCAGACUUUGAAUUUGAGAAGCAACGCGAUUGGAUUUAUGGCAGAUCGCGCUUUUGAAGGGUUAACUAGUUUGACGGUUCUGAAGCUUUCGGAUAAUAGGUUGACGAGUUUGCCGCCUGAGUUGUUUAAUGAAGCGAAGAAUCUUAAAGAAGUUUACUUAAGGAACAAUUCGUUGAAUGUCCUGCCACCUGGGCUGUUCAAUGAUUUGACCCAGCUGCUAGUUCUGGAUCUUUCCAAGAACGAGCUGACUACUGAGUGGGUGAACACCGCGACGUUCAGUGGACUAGUUAGGUUGGUGGUUCUUGAUUUGUCGUCAAAUAGGGUGUCAAGACUUGAGCCAACAGUGUUCCGGGAUUUGUACAGUUUGCAGAUUCUGAGGCUGCAGGAAAAUCUGAUAGAGACCUUGCAGGAGAACACCUUUUCAGCGUUGUACAAUUUGCACACGUUGGUGCUCAGUGACAACCAGUUGACGGUAAUUGAUGCGACAACGCUCAGUGGGUUGUAUGUGUUAAGUUUGCUGUCGUUGGACAACAACCGUUUGACGGUUCUCCAUCCCAGUUCGUUGAGAAACGCAUCGUCACUCCAGGAUUUGCAUCUUAACGGUAAUCGGCUGACAUCUGUGCCGGAUGCGCUGAAAGCGACGCCUCUGUUACGCACUCUUGAUCUUGGAGAGAAUCUAAUCUCAGAGAUACCAAUCGGUACUUUCGACCACGUAUCUCAGCUCUACGGACUGAGGCUCACGGAAAACCACAUUGGAAACUUGACCAAAGGGAUAUUUGACAAGAUAAAGGAGCUUAAGAUCCUGAACUUGUCGAGGAACAGGAUUCAGUACAUAGAACCUGGGACUUUUGAUGACAACACGAAUCUUCAGGCGAUCAGGCUGGACGGGAACCAGUUGAUUGCUAUCGCCGGGCUAUUCGCGAAUUUGCCUAAUCUUGUGUGGUUGAAUGUCAGUGACAAUAGACUUAAGUGGUUCGAUUACGCGAUGAUACCAACUGGAUUACAGUGGCUUGAUGUGCAUUCCAAUGACAUUACUGAAUUGGGGAAUUACUUUGAAAUAGAAACCCAGUUACAGCUGAGCACUUUCGAUGCCAGCCAGAACAAACUCACCGAAAUAACGGGAAACGCGAUACCCAUGAGUGUUAAAGUGCUUUUCCUAAAUGACAAUUUGAUAACCAAAGUUCAGAGUUACGCGUUUUUUAAAAAGCCUAAUUUGACUCACGUUGAUCUAAAGGGCAAUCGAAUUCAAAACUUGGAAACUUACGCGUUGAGAAUCAGUGCAGUGCCUGCGGAAAAACCGCUCCCGGAGUUUUAUAUCGGUGAUAAUCAUUAUCUGUGUGACUGCACAAUGGAGUGGCUUCAGCGUGUUAACCGGCAGAACCAAUCGCGAAUCUACCCAAACGUUAUGGACCUUGAGAGUAUUUACUGCAAAUUGCUCUACGAUCGUGAGCGUGUUUAUGUACCACUUGUUGAGGCUUCGCACUCCCAAUUCCUCUGCAAAUAUGACUCUCAUUGUUUUGCCCUAUGUCAUUGCUGUGAUUUCGACGCGUGUGAUUGUGAAAUGACGUGUCCCCAAAACUGUACUUGCUACCACGACCAAUCCUGGUCAGCAAAUGUCGUAGACUGUUCUUCUGGCGGACACGUAAAUCAUCUGCCAGAGCAGAUUCCCAUGGACGCAACGCGGCUCUACUUGGACGGCAAUGAUCUUAACACCAUAUCCAGCCACGCGUUCAUCGGCCGCAAGAAACUCAAAGUUCUGUAUCUCAAUUCGUCUAACAUCGAAUUGGUGCAAAACAGGUCCUUCAACGGACUCCGUGAUUUGGAGGAUUUGCACCUGCAGAACAACAAGAUCAAAGAACUCCGUGGGUACGAAUUCGAGGGUCUGGACAAUCUUCAGUUCUUGUAUCUGUUCGGGAACGAAAUCUUCACAAUUGCUAAUAGGACCUUCUCGCAUUUGAAGUCUUUGAAGGUUCUCGAGCUCCAGAACAACCGGCUGACCACUUUAGCGGUCUGGGGCCUGCCUGGGUCCAUAACAGUGAGCUUAUCGAAGAACCCCUGGUCCUGCGAGUGCGACUAUCUGGAGGUUUAUCGCGAGUGGAUUCUUGCUGGAAAGAACAAAGUGCCUGAUUCUGAUCAGCUCAGGUGCGUGUUUAAUGUCACUGAAUUCGAAGUUUACGGCGACCAAGUGUUCAGGGACAACGAGUUCGGUUUUGCCGUUGUUGGCCAGCCGAACUCCACCAAUUCCCUCAGUGCAAGUGCAAGUGCUAGUGCAAAUUCUGGUGGUUCUUCAAGUGGCAGCGAGAGCCAACAGUGCACGGGUAUGAUGAACAUUGAAAAUGGAAUCCAGAGCAAUCUGACCAAGACAAUUAUCGAGCGGCAAGCUUUGGAAGAUUACUUGCCGCUGCUGAUCUCUACAUUGGCAGCAUUUCUGAUUGUCAUGCUGCUCUGUAUGUUGGUGUUCAUCUUCCGUCAGGAGUUCCGCGUCUGGUUCCACUCCAGGUUCGGGGUCAGAAUCUUCUAUCGGAACACCGAAUUUGACCGCGAUGACCGUGAUAAACUUUUUGACGCGUUUGUGUCCUACAGUUCCAAGGACGAGGCGUUUGUUGUCGAGGAAUUGGCCCCUGUUUUAGAAAUGGGGAACCCUUCCUACAAGCUCUGUCUGCAUUAUCGGGAUUUUCCGGUGGGGAGCUUCAUUGCGGACACCAUCGUUCAGGCUGUCGAAUCCUCCAGAAGAACGAUUAUUGUUCUGUCGGAGAACUUCAUCAAGUCUGAGUGGUGUAGAUUUGACUUCAAGUCGGCUCAUCAUCAAGUUCUGAGGGAUCGCAGGCGGAGGCUCAUCUUGGUUUUAGUUGGAGACGUUCCCCAGCGUGAUUUAGAUCCCGAUAUUAGGCUCUACUUGAAGACUAAUACGUAUCUUCAGUGGGGCGAUAAGUUGUUCUGGGAAAAACUGAGAUUCGCGCUUCCUGAUGUUCCGAAUAAUCAAAGGACUAAUAAUCAGAGAAGACAACCUCCGCCUGUUCGCAGGCAGCACAAUAAUCAAACCAGUGGACCUAGGACUGCUGCGGUUCAUAUUUAA